AGUUGGAAGAAAAAGGCAGCACUCACUGAGGCACAGAAGGAGCUUAAGCUUCCUGAGCACUCUCUCAUUACUGAGUGCCCUACAAGAUGGGGGUCCAAAGAGAAAAUGAUUGCCAGAGUGCUGGAACAGAUGAAAGCCAUAUCACAGGUAUUGACAGGUGACCGACAUGCACGCUCCCUCAUCCCAACCUGGCAGGAUGCUGAAGUGUUGGAGUCCAUUCAUAAGGCACUGCAUCCUCUCUCCGAAUUUACUGAUGCUCUUUCUGGAGAAGAGUAUGUGAGCAUCUCCUACCUCAAGCCAGUUCUCCAUCUUCUGGCAACAUCAGUCUUGGCUGAAGAUGCUGAGGACACUGAUCUGACUAGAUCAAUUAAAACCAAGGUCCUGGCAUACCUCAACGACAAGUAUAGUGACCUCAACACCCAGGAGCUUUUGGAUGUUGCGUCGUUCAUGGACCCUAGGUUCAAAACGCAAUACAUCAGCGCAGACAACCUUCCUGCCAUUAAGGCCCGACUGAAGACAGAAAUGGUGGAAUCGGCUAGACGUACACAUAAUCAGGAGAAGAGGUCUCGCACUGAAACUGCUCAAAAUUCUCCAAGUGCACAGGCCUCUGGGGGAAAGGCAAAGAAGACUCUUGGUAGUCUUUUUAAAACCAGUGCGGCCUCUUCAGCUUUGCCUCUGCCACUUGAAGAUGUCGUGGAGGCAGAGUUGAAUAGUUACCUGUUGACCCCUGUCAUUGACGGAGAGGAUGAUCCUUUAGCCUGGUGGAAGGUGCACAACAUUCACUUUCCACGACUGUGCAAGAUGGCCCGCAAAUAUCUGUGUGUGCCAGCCACAAGUGCCCCCUCAGAGCGUCUGUUCAGCACUGGAGGGAAUAUAGUGACCUGCACUCGCUCAUCCUUAAAGCCAGCAAAAGUAGAUAUGCUGGUCUUCCUAGCAAAAAACCUGUGAGCUAGGAUGAUUAUGGCUAGCUGAGCCAUACUCAUUGUGCACUUUAGUUUGUGCUGUGUUGCUGUUACUUACUGCAGAUAAUCAAGAUGUUCAGCCAGUUUUAAUUUAAAGGCGUGUUUGUGUGUGUGUUUAUACAAUUGCUAUUAUGUUUGCACUUUAUGUGUAAUGUUACUGACUGCAGAGAUCAGUAAGAUGUGUGUAUUUUUUAUUUAUUAGUUUUAUUUAUUUAAUAUUAUUUUUUAAUUUAAUGACUGUCUAGUAGUUCACAGAUGUCGAAAAACUGAGUGUGGUAAAGCCACUGAUUUUUUUAUGUAUAUUUCUGCAAUCUGCACAUUGUACUGACUUUCAUUUUAAUGUUUACACCAGGGUUCCUUGUCAGCACUUUAUGCUCAGAUGUUUGUAAGCUAAAAAUAAACUAUUGUGUAUGUUCAAAUAUACUGUUGUGAUUGAAGAAGUUAAAUAAAAAUGUCAGUCAUCAAUUCAUGCAUCACCUCAUGUCAUCAUAACAGAGGUCUGUCUUCCAGGAAAGAACAGUUUAAAAUUAAUGUAAUAUAGUAUUGGCCAUACUAUAUGAUGUAUUGCUUG